AGCACCAUGGGCAGGCUGCAGCUGUGGCUCACCGUCCUUGCUGGCCUCACCGGUGUCACCGCCCAGGAAGACCUCUACCGAAAGGUGUUCGUCUUUCGGACGGACCCCAGCGAUGCCUACGUGGUGCUGCGGGUGAAGCCGGAGCAGCCGCUGCUGAACUUCACCGUGUGCCUGCGCUCCUACACGGACCUCACGCGGCCCCACAGCCUCUUCUCCUACGCCACCAAGGCGCAGGACAACGAGAUCCUCCUCUUCAAGCCCAAGCCCACCGAGUACCGCUUCUACGUGGGGGGCAAGUUCGUCACCUUCCGCGUCCCCGAGGGCCGCGGGGACUGGGAGCACGUCUGCGCCAGCUGGGAGUCGGCCACCGGCAUCGCCGAAUUCUGGCUCAACGGGAAGCCCUGGCCCCGCAAGGGGCUGCAGCGGGGCUACGCGGUGGGCGCCGAGGCCGUGAUCCUGCUGGGGCAGGAGCAGGACGCCUUCGGGGGCGGCUUCGACGUCUAUAACUCCUUCACGGGCGAGCUGGCCGACGUCCACCUGUGGGAUGCGGGGCUGUCCCCGGACAAGAUGCGAGCUGCCUACCAGUCCCUGCGCCUGCCGCCUGCCCUGCUGGCCUGGAGGAGCUUGAGCUACGAAACCAAGGGUGACGUGGUGGUGAAACCGCGGCUCCGGGAGGCUCUGGGGCGCUGAGAGCCCACCUCAGCCCCCGCUGUCCCCUCUCUGUCCCCAUCGCUGCUUCUGCAAGCCGCCCGCAUGUCAAGGUGCCACCCGCGGGCCACAGCCCAUGCCUGGGGGACAGAUGCCGUGGGGAGAUGGGGACAUCCCCAGCCUGGCAGAGUCACCCAGGGGUGCCCCUUC